AUCUCGCUUACCAGCGAAGUCCUUAAAGCAGCAUCAAUCCAUGCAAACUUCAGUACCCCUCAUGGAUGAUGAAUGGGAGCAUAUCAAGGAAGGCCUCGUCCAGUUCAUGGUCGGAAGUCGCGAGCGUCGUCUCGUUAGAGACAAAGAAAUGGCCCACAUACAGCGUCGAAAACUGCUUCUCCAGGUAUACCCCCGCUUCCUCCUGCCAAAAGCCGUUCAAUGCCCUCAUGCCGCCGGUCGACGAUAUCUGCUUGACGGACGAAUUUCGAACGGUGUCGCAGAGCGUUCCAGAUGACCGAGAUCUCUCUGCCGAUGCGCUCAUGAAAGCUCUUGAGACCAUUCCCGAGCCCUUCUUUGACCAGUGGCGCGCCAAGGCUGAGGACGAGCUCGUCGCCCUCGUGCAAGACCGCCUCCAGAAGGACCCCAGCUUCAAAACCUUUCUCGGUCUGGGCACCAUCACCCGCGACACCCUCAAGCUCGCGACGAUCCAGCUCACAAACCUCGUUGGGAACACGUUCGGUCACGGCUAUAGCUAUCCGACGAUCUUCCACUGGUUUGAGUUCGCGUUCUUUCAUACCGAACGCCUUCAACGUCGAUGGGACGACCGCUGCUUGUACAUCAGCAGCGAAUACGGCGGUGGGGCGUCCAUUGUCAAGCGCAUGGUCGAACUGGCGCGCAAGGAUCCCGCAUCGACGACAGCCGAUGAAAUGGACGACCUCGACCCCUGGUACUACUUUGCUGGCGAAGACCAGAACGGAGAGAGAAAGGUUUACGCGUGGCGUUGUGUGCUCAGCGCUGUACAGAAGCCUCGCGAGCCUCGCUCGGAAUUGCUGGCGAUUCUCGAUGCUGAAGACACUGCGCGCGCUCGUGAGCUUUUUGCGAGUCUUCCGUACGAAAGUCGAUUCUCUGGCCGCGACUCUCUAUGUCUGCACUGCGGUUCAAGGCACUCGGAAUCAACUGACCUUAAAGCUCACAUGCGCAAAAAGCACGGCAUAGAGUGCAUGACAAGGAAGGACUUCCGGCUUGGACUCAGCGUAAACGAUGCCCCUCAUAUGACUGUCAGCAUCCCUUGCUUGAGUGAAUAG